CGCAGAAACACCGCAUAAAGCCCUAACAGCACUCCUCCGCUCUUCUUUCCUCCCCCGUGCGCCCCGAUAGAGAAAGACGGGAUGGAAGAGAGCGCGGGCUGUCUCUACGAAACCCUCGACUCCCCCUUCUUCUCCGCCGACCCUGACUUCGUUCGCGAUCCCACCGAAUCCUACGCCGUCUUCCGCAACCAGAUCACCUCGCCGGCGGACUCCUUCGCCGACAUUCCCGUCGCCGACUACUUCUCUCUUGACGUCGCCGCCGACAAUCCCCGCUGGGAAGAGACCCCGCAGCCGCCCCCGGCUUCCGGCGCCCCGGAGGCGAACCAGCCCUCGGAGAUGGCCUGGUUCCGCGUCGGGAGCCGUUUCAAGAGCCCCAUGCUUCAGCUUCACAAAGAGAUACUUGAUUUUUGUGAUUUUGUCUCACCAACUCCUGAAGAACAAGCCUUACGUUCUGCUGCUGUACAGCGUGUUUUUGAGGUUGUCAAACAUAUCUGGCCGCACUGCAGAGUGGAAGUUUUUGGAUCAUUUAGGACGGGCCUCUAUCUACCAACAAGUGAUAUCGAUGUUGUGAUUUUGGAGUCAAAGGUGAAGACUCCACAAAUGGGUCUUUAUGCUCUUGCUAGAGGACUAUCCCAGAGGAGUAUUGCAAAAAAAAUGCAGGUUAUUUCUAAGGCUCGUGUGCCAAUUGUGAAGUUUGUGGAAAAGCUCAGUGGGAUAUCUUUUGACAUCAGUUUUGAUGUGGACAGUGGACCUAAAGCUGCUGAUUUUAUCAAGGAUGCUGUGAAGAAGAUGCCUCCUUUACGACCCUUGUGCUUGAUUCUGAAGGUUUUUCUGCAACAAAGAGAACUGAAUGAGGUAUAUUCAGGUGGUAUUGGUUCUUAUGCACUUCUUACAAUGCUGAUAGCACACUUACAGAUGCAUUGGAGAGGACAAGAUAUACAGGGUUGCUGCCGAUCUAUGGAGCAUAACUUGGGAGUUCUUUUGGUGAACUUCUUUGAUUUUUAUGGUCGCAAAUUGAACACUUGGGAUGUUGGUGUUUCUUGCAAUUCAAUAGGCACUUUUUUCUUGAAGAGUGAUAAAGGAUUUAUGAAUGCAGAACGGCCGUAUCUUCUAUCCAUUGAGGAUCCACAGGCUCUAGACCAUGACAUUGGGAGGAAUUCUUAUAACUAUUUUAAGGUGAGGUCAGCCUUUGCAAUGGCCUACUCUUCACUGACGGAUGCAAAAGCCAUCGUAGGUUUGGGCCUGAACAGGAGCAUUCUAGGGACCUUAAUUAGACCAGACCCAGUGCUUCUAGAGCGGAAGGGUGGAGAUAAUGGAGAACUUGUUUUCAAUAACUUGCUUCCGGGGGCAGGUGAACCAAUGAUUCAGCAAUUUAAGAAUGGGGGUGAUAUAAUAUAUAACUGGCAAUUGAUUGAUGAUGAACCACUGCCAAGGGGGAAACUACUUGCUGAAGAUGAUAGUAUAUUGUCUUCUAGGAAGAGGGCCUCAAAAGCAAAACAAAGAUCCAGUAAAAGUCAAAAGCUGGAAGUUUUGGAGGGUAUGCAUGAAGAAAACAGUGUCGGGAGCAAAAAAGGUUUGAGAAAGCAGUGGAAAAGAUUUCGAGAUGAGGAUGAAUCUACCAGCAGCCGCCAUGGUCACUCAAGUCGAAGUCGCUGAUUCCUUGUAGCUAUGCUUCAGUGCUGCAUGUGAAGGUUGCAAGCAGUGACCCGGUAGACAGUGAAAUCAUAUACUGAGCUACUGAUAUGACUUGGUUGUGAAGGUGAUAAUAUAGACAAGAAGGCCAACAAUAACAGGUGAAGUUUGCUUGUGCUAAUCAAACGGUACUGAUCAAAGAGCCAUCUUUGGUUGUAGGGAGCCGCCACCAUUUAACAUCAUGGAUGGAGUGUUGUUUUAUCAAAUUAUUUUUUUAAUUUGUAAAUAAAGACAUGAACAUAUGAUAUGAUAAUGCUUUAUUUUCAGGGAAGGGAAAAAAGGAUACUUAUUUAUUUUCAGGGAAGGGAAAAAAGGAUAUUUAUUUAUCACACUAAUUAUACUUCUGACCUCUGUUUAUUGGCUUGACAAUAUAAUGUGGAAAAGAAUUGGCUCCAACAAAA